GUUUAAGUCAACUAGACUUUUGACAAAAGAAGAGGACUUGUCAAUAUUUAAACAAACUUGGAACUCAAAGGAACCUUGAAUCUUCAUCCCCUCCACGUUUCUGCACUGCAGGUAGCACCACAUUCUCUCGUAAUGGCAGUGGAUAGUAAGUUUCAAUGUAUGGAUAUUGAUGUAAAAAUAAAGAAGUUCACAUGGAGGAUUCAGAAUUUCUCCAGUCUUGAAGUCAAAAAGCUCUACUCUGAAGUUUUUACUGUUGAUGGCUACAAAUGGCGAGUUCUUAUCUUCCCCAAGGGGAACAAUGUGGAUCAUUUGUCAAUUUAUUUAGAUGUUGCAGAUUCAGCUACUUUGCCUUACGGAUGGACUAAAUAUGCCCAAGUCGGGCUCGGAGUCAUCGAUCAAUUUGAUCGUGAAACUUCCAGUACAAAAGUCACUCACCAUUGUUUCAACGCGAGGCAGGUUGAUUGGGGCUUCACUUCAUUCUUACGUCUUACUGAAUUACACGACCCUAAAAGAGGCUAUCUCCUUAAUGAUGCAUGCUUGGUUGAAGUAUACGUUUGCACUGAUAAGACUCUAGAUUUUAUUUCCCAUGAAUUUAUAGUCAAAACUGAUUGGGAUGAACUUAAGGCCAAGGAAGCUGAUUGUGUUAAGGCAGUCAUAGACAACCAGAAAACUCCUACAACCAAACCAGUAGAAAUCACACCUCCUUCACCAACUCAGUCUUCUAGCCAGACUGUGGCCAUUGAACCUGAAGAGUCUGCUGAGGAAGACAUGAACACAUUCUUCACUAGCUUAGAGUCCGAGCUUUCAAGCUCUAGAAUUGUUUAUUCUAAAGAAGAAGCAAAGGAAGCACUGGCUAAAAUAAACGAAGCCUUGAAUACAACCCCCGUUAAUCUUAACGAUUCAGGGAAGUUUUCUCCACUUAAGCAGGCAUUCAUGAUCCUAGCUAGUUUUGAUGGUUCCUCCACCACCCUUACAAUUGAUCAAAAGAAUGAGUUGUUGGGCUUGGACGAAAGAUUGAAAGAACUAGCUAACCGAGCAGCGAAAGCAGUGCAGGACAAGGAUCAACUUACCGCCAAGGAAUCUAUGAAGCGGACGAUGACUUGUAAUUUGGAGAGUAGCCUAAUCAGAUAUAAGGAGGUCGAAACAGAGGUGAAACAGGUGGAUCAAACACUUGCUGCCCUCCGUGAGGAAGUUGAAGAAGCACAAAAGAGAAAGGAGAAGAUGUUGGCUGAACGAAAGGGGAUAUACAGAAGUUGCAAGGAAAUGAAAAUGGAGUUGGAUGCAUUGGGAAAGGAAUUGGCAGAGUGUGAGGCCACUGCCAAGGUUGGUGAGGAAGAAGAGAAGAGUGUUGAGGCUGAAUGGGGAAGAAUCAAAGAUUUCAUCUCUUCCAUUGAAGCUAAGAUUUAAGUAUUGGUGUUUUGAACAAGACUUUAUAUUAUAUAAAUUUUAUAUAAAUGAUAUGUAGGAGGUAUAUAUGGAAUAUGGUAUUCUUCUUAUUGUCAUGCUUAAAUUAUUUAUUUGGUUUUUUUUUGGGAA